GCCCACAGCGCUAGCAGGGUAGUGCGUUCGGCGUGAGGCCAGCGGCUGCUCUGUUCCCUCGUUCUCCUCCUCCCCUGGGCCCGCAGGGGAGAGUGACACUCACCAGGCGGCUCCGUCCCGGCGGCAGCCCCCCGCGUACCCCUGCGCCUCUGGUAAAAUACAUUGUCUCUGUGCUAUUGAAUAGUUGUAACUCCUGGAAAGGCUUUUGGGUUUGAAGAAGAGGGGAAAAAUACCCUGACCCAAGAACAAAAACCCCUGCAAGGGUUGUUUUAGUGCUCUCCUUAAGGAUAAGCAGUUUCUGAGGAGCAAAGGACCUGAGAAAAGGAACACCCGCUCUUGAGGUUGCAAAGGUGCUGAAGCAUGGCUGACUUGGAUCACAACCUCAGUCUUGCGGAUGCUCUGACAGAGCCGCCUCCUGAGAUUGAGGAAGAAGUGAAAAGGGACUUCAUUGCCACACUGGAGGCAGAGAAAUUUGAUGACGUGGUUGGAGAAACAGUAGAUAAAACAGACUACGUUCCUCUGCUGGACGAUGAUGAUGCAAAACCUGGGAGUCAGGAACCAAAGAGCAAACCCCAUGCAGAUGGUACUCAGGUGGAAAAUACUUCAGCUUCUGGGCCAACAGUUGUAGAAAAUGGUGACCAUGGAAUAGAUCACCGCACAGAAGCCUAGACUGUCUCCUAACACUGGGGCUGCCACUGAUACAAGACCAGUGUACUUUUCUACCCGCCAUUACACUUCUAAAAUCUUCAGCAUUUUACAGAGCUCUUGCUUUACAUCCUUGGACUGUACAUGUAGAAGAAACCAAAGGGUAGCUGUGCUGUUGGCCGAUCAGCCCUGCUCCUCCUCCCUCUCUGCUCUGCAGUGCUUGUUGAAACCUUCCUUUCUUUGUGUAAGCACAAAUGUGCAUGAUGGUUUUGGACUGCACUAUUUCAGCACUCCCACUGGUUUUAAAUCACCACUACAGCUCCAUUUUGAGUUCAACCACUUUAAAAUUUAAUUUAUAUACUUUUUCAUGGAUGCCUAAUAACAGAAGGUUUGAUGUUAAAGUUGUGCUUUCAUAGCGGAUGGGUCCACCAUGACUGCAGCCCCUUUUCCUUCUCCCCGUACUCACCGCAGCCUUGUAGAAUAAUGCUGUUAUCUGCCUUUAUCCUUGCUGCUUUGAAACCUUCUCUUAGGAAGAUUUUAUCUUUAAUAAUGUUGUCUUCUUUGAAACAUGGGUUUUCACAUCAUAGCAGUUACUAUACAGACUUCAGAAACAGAUUAGGAAAAGUCCAUGUUUAUUGAGACACAAGCAGAUUGUCUCUGGCUUGUGUGGGGUCAGUUGUGGGGUUCCAGUGCUUGCCAUCAACUGGGGGUAUAAAGGAAAACAAUCAACCCUAAAUUCCUGCCUCAGGAAGUUGUCUUGCUGCCAUAUUGCUUUCUGAAGCCUUGAAAGUAAGAAAGAAAAUUGCCUUUCUUUAACUUCUAGCUUUGGUUUGGUAAUGACAACUUUGGAUGGAAUUUUACCUAGCAUGAAAAAUAGUCUGUCGUCUCUACAGCUGAGAGAAAGAAAAGAUCUAGGACUAAAUUGUUAAAUCUGUGAUGAAAUAUUUGUGACUGUUUCCAGCACUACCAAAAUGAGUGGGCCAGUUUGAACCUGGAACAAACUGCAAGAGGUCAGCAAAUCCACUGCAGUUCCUGCUGUCUCUAUAAAAGGUGCAAAGGUUUCCAGACACAAAAGUAUUAGUUCCUGCCAUUCAACAGAGAAAACUAAAUUAUUUCCUUCUUUGGAAUUUUGAGAGACUACUUAGUAUUUUACAUGAGGCUAAAGGUUUUUGUAGAUGAGUGAACAUUUUGUUCGAGUUUGUUAUGUAGCUAAAGGGACCUUGCCUACAAUACCUGAUACAAGUACAGGAUUUAUUUGAACCCAAAUCUAGUUUUAAGGUAGGACAUGAUGCUCCAAAUUGCCUAAGGAUAGCAUUCUAGCACCUUCACUUGCCUAAAAAAUAUGGUAUUUUCUUGUUGCAAAGAAAGUAGCUCGCACCAGAGCAUUCUUGGUACCCUGCCAGUACUUGUGAUUACAUUCUGAUGUUGUCUACUAAUGACUUACUGUAUUGCACCUUGAAUUAAUACUACUAUUCAAUGAAAGAUUUUCUUUGAAGAUCUCCCUCAAAUAGUGACCCUUGGUGUCUUGAUUAUUUAUUUAUUAUUUUAAUCUGAGACCUCAGCUGCUCCCCACCCAGGGUGGCAGUGUCCAGAGUUGCUGCAAUGAACUGUGUGUAAUCUGCCUGUUUAAUGAUGAGCAUCAGAACUUGAGGCUUUCAUUCUCUAAUUUGGUAGCAAUUCAUUACUUUACCCACCAUUCCAAGCCUCGUUAGUAGCUGAGAUCCUCAAAGUGCCAGUUUCUGAACAAGCAACACCGUUGGCUUCUCCUCUGAGGUAGAUAGCUGUCACUUCUAAGAAACCUCAGGCACUCAGCUGCCAGAGCUGGGCUCUUUCCUUGCCAGUCUGAUAUGCAGAGCCACCACACUUAAAGCCAGCAGCCUUUGCAACCAAAUCCUGGCUGAGCUAAAAAAUAAACAUUUCCCAGUGGACUAGAGCUGUAAUGGUAGCUGGGACACAGGAUACAUGGGCAAGCAUGG